CGGUCGCUAGGGGGCUUCGAGCACGUUCUUUGCUUUCGUCCUUGGAUUUCGUAAGUUAAACGGGUCCGAAUCAUGGAAGAAUACGCUCGUGAUCCGUGUCCAUGGCGUAUAGUUGACGACUGUGGUGGCGCUUUUUCGAUGGGAGCUAUCGGUGGCUCGUUAUUCCAUGGAAUCAAAGGAUACAGAAACGCUCCUAGUGGAAACUACAGGCGACUUAUUGGCAGCCUCGUGUCCAUGAAAGAGAAAGCGCCCAUUACAGGGGGCAACUUCGCAGUGUGGGGUGGACUUUUCUCAGCAAUUGACUGUUCAAUGGUGUAUAUCAGAAAGAAAGAAGAUCCCUGGAAUUCUAUAACAAGUGGUGCCCUAACAGGGGCCAUUCUUUCUGUGAGAAAUGGAGCAGGAGCGAUGGUGGGUUCGGCCAUUAUUGGUGGUGUUCUGUUGGCACUCAUCGAGGGAAUGGGCAUUAUGUUUACACGAUUCUCAGCCGAACAGUUCAACCCAGCAAACAGAACAGUCAUGGAAGAAUCACAGCCCCCUCAAGCCCAGAGUAAUAUAUUUGGAUCCUCAACACCAAAUUAUCAAUAAUGAAUAUAUUUAUUAGACCAUGAACACAUUCAUAGCAUUUUAGAGACUACUUAUAUUCUUAUAACUGGUCUUGCAGAGUCUAAUGGGGGACUUUUAUGAAAACAUUUUUGAUGUGUUUCAAGCCGGAAACAGAUCAAUUGGAUAAAACUUGUGCUGUCGUGUUGGAACGGACGUUAAGACUGUCACUAAUGAUGGGAACUGUGAAGAGUUACAUUAAAACUGUAAUGUUGAAGUGAUGGGUUUGAUAUAUGCCUACACUCCAAUGUUUUCCACCUUAUCUGAAGUGUGUUAAACAUAUCAACAUUGACAUGUAAAAUGUGCAAGUGUCUGUGUAUUUGUUUCAAAUUUUAAUCAAGAAACUGAUUUUUCUGAUGACUCAAGUCAUUUCUUAAAUUGACUUGUUUAUGUAUGUGACAUACAUGUUGUAAAGUGAUACAUAGAAAGCAGAAAGAGACACUGAAAAUUAAAAUAUUUAAUUGA